UUAAGAACUGUUCACUUUCAGCUGUCACGGAGAGAAACUCAGACCAGACUUAGAAAUCACUUGAUUUAACUCAGCAGCACUUUUGUGUGUGUGUGUGUGCAUUACUCUAGCAGUCUUCUCUAAAUAAUUGGGGCAUUAGAUUCAGGAGUCAAAAACUGCCAAAAGCGUAAACUGUUAGAAAUAGUGACUUUGUAGGGUUUUACACUAGAAGGGAAAAGUUUCAACAUGCUUUGAAAUGAAAGAAGAAUUAAGUUGUGUUUUUAUUCAAAUGAAUUGGCAUCUUUAUACGUAGGGGAAGUUAUACUGGUAAAAUAUUUAUGUCAAGAAUCAUGACUAGGAAACACUUGGAAGUUUAUUAGAGAAGUAAAUGUUUUACAAGCAAGGACAGGAUCUGCACGCACCUCUGGGGUUCUGGGUGUCUUGUGAAGACCAUUUUAGGUGACUGGCCAGGGGGAGGGAAUGCCCUAGUGAUACCGGAGCCACAACGUAACAGCCAGUACCAUGUCUACUAUACAAAGAAAAGCGAGCAGCCACCUGUUCGACAGACUGCACACCUGUAAACUGAAGCUUCUGGAGGACCAGCGACAGCAAGAAAAAUCUAUCAUUGCUCAACCAAUAUUUGUUUUUGAAAAGAGAGAACGAACUUUUAAGAGACCUGCAGAAGACACCCUGUAUGAAGCAGCAGAACAUGAAUGUAAUGGUUUUUCAAGAAAGCGCGUACGGUCUUCAUCUUUUAGUGUGCAUACUGCAGAUUCUCAGUCCCAAGGAGCAUCAACUUUGUCCCAGAAGCGAAUGAGAUCAUCAUCCUUCACCGACCUCCCGACCUUCCCCCCUUCUGGGCCAGUGAAGAAAAACAAUGUUUUUAUGACAUCAACUCUUGUGCAAAGGAAUAUUGAUAUGAAUAGUGUGGAACAAGGUCCUGUGAAACAUUCUGAACAUGUUCUAAGACCUGCUAUUUUGCAGCCACCUGAAGCUCAAAGGUGUGAAAAAAUAAGGAAAACAUUUGGACACAAUGCCUUGGAAUCAUGCAAGACUAAAGAAAAAACAAAAAAUAAGAUUUCUGAGGGGAACUCCUAUUUGCUAAGUGAAAAUUUGCCAAGUGCCAGAAUUUCAGUCCAGCUGUCUCCUAACCAGAAUGUUUUAGAAGCUACAUCAGUAGGAUGUCAACCAAAAGAAGAUAAGUAUUCUUUUAAAAGCUACAGUUCUGAUUUCGUUUUUGGAGAAAACAUGGUAGAAAGAGUUUUGGGUACUCAAAAACUCACCCAGCCUCAACUUGAAAAUGAUUCAUACAUCACGGAAAAACCAUUCAAAUCUACUCUAAAAUUUCCUAUCACCUCUCCAAACUCAAGAACAGAUUUUAUUAAAAACAUUUCCCUAAUUGAAUCAGCUGCUGCUUUCUCUUCUAAGCCAUCACCAAAAUGCUUGCUGGAGAAAAUUCAUGUAAUAACAGGGGAGGAAGCAGAACAUAACGUGUUAAAGAUCAACUGCAAGCUUUUUAUAUUCAACAAAACAGCACAGUCCUGGAUUGAAAGGGGCAGAGGAGCUUUGAGACUGAAUGACACAGCAAGCAGUGACUGUGGAACAUUCCAGUCAAGACUAAUUAUGCGCAAUCAAGGCAGCCUGAGGCUGAUUCUCAACAGCAAACUCUGGGCUCAAAUGGAGAUUCAAAGAGCAAACCACAAAAAUUUACGAAUAACAGCUACUGAUUUAGAAGACUGUAGCAUCAAAGUGUUUUUAAUUCAGGCCAGUGCCAAAGACACAGGAUAUCUGUAUGCAGCAAUACAUCAUCGUCUUGUUGCACUUCGAAGCUUCGAGAAGCAGAAAGAUGUAAAUCAAGCUGAAAGCCAGUCAGAAACGGUCUUCCAACAAUUAAACUGUGAUAGCUGUGAUGAGGAUGAGGAUGAUUUCAUCCAAGUCACCAAAAAUAGAUCAGAUUCUUCUAGGUGGACCCACAGACAGUCGGUUGCCUGUUCAUGAGCGCUACCCACUAUAAACAUGACAACAUCUACAGAAAGACCACCUUACUGAGAAAACUAAACCAUCCCAACUAAAUGAGAGGAUCCUAUUCAUUCCUUGAAGAGUUUUUAUAGACAAGUUCAAGAAAUAUAAUUUGUUGCAAUUAAAAUUUUUCUCUUAUGUAGUCUAAUAAUUCUGAGGCUUUACAUUUUGAUUAUUGUAGAGAAAAUGACAGAAUUUAGGAAAUACAUAGACUCCAGAAGUUCAAAAUUUAUCAUUUUUGAAGAAGUUAAUUUAGAAUAGGAUUUGAUAACUAAUUUGGACUAUUCAUCACAUUGAUGGAUACAAUAGUUAAAAUUAUAAAUUGCUGGAUUUGAUAAAUGUCUAACUAAAAUAUUUAUUUUUUCAAUCAUACAUUGGCCAUAAAACAAAUUUUACAAAAUUUCCAGAGUCAUUUCUUUGAAAAACACUGUAACUGCAUGAUAACAUUUCAUUAAAUCAUGUUUUUCUUCUGGGAAAUGUGUAUUUUCAUUUAACCUUUGGAUUUUCUAAUGCUAUAAGAUUAUAUAUUCAUGGUAUAAAUUCCUUUAAAGAGAAUAUUUCUUGGACUUGUAUCUAUUGCACCUUGUAUAUGCUUGACUCACAGCAUCCAAUAGUUGUUGAAGGAAUGAACAAAAUACAUUACCUAUGUAUCAAAACAGUAAGUAUACAAAAAGUGAAAUAUGUUAACUUGUUCUUUGCUUUAUUUAUGCAAUUA